AUGCCGAGUGCCUGGGCUGCGACUUUGCUCCUGCUAAUGCUCCAGGGAGCCUGGGGCUGCUCCAACCUCAUCUGCUACACUGAUUAUAUGGAGACUAUCACCUGCAUCCUGGAGACAUGGGCCGGGCACCCUGACUCGCUCACCCUCACCUGGCAUGACACAUAUGAAGAACUGGAGGAUGAGGUCACCUCCUGCAGCCUCCUCCGGUCCACCCAAAAUGCCACCCAUGCGGAGUACACGUGCCACAUGAAUGUGUUCCGCCUCAUGGCUGACGACUUCUUCAACGUGAGCAUGACAGACCCAUCUGGCAACUACUCCCAGGAGUGUGGUAGCUUUUUGCUGGCUUCGAAUAUCAAGCCAUCUCCCCCUUUCAACGUGACCGUGAACUUCUCCGGAUAUUAUAACGUCUCUUGGAGUUCCAGUUCCAGUUCCAUUCCCAGGGACUGUGUCUACGCGCUGAAGGAUAAACUUCAGUAUGAGCUGCGGUACAGGAAGGUUGGAGAACCCUGGGCUCUGAGUCCAGGGAGAAAGCUGGUCUCAGAGGAUUCCAGAAGCAUCCUUCUCCUCCCCUUGGAGUUCCACAACGGCACAAGCUACGAGCUGCAGGUGCGGGCAGGGCCCCACCCUGGCUCCUCCUUCCAGGGGACCUGGAGCGAGUGGAGCGACCCAGUCGUCUUUCACACCCAGCCGGAAGAGAGAAAGGGAGACCUGUACCUUCAGCUGGUUCCCAUCCUGCUCAUCCCGGUCUGCUUCAUCUUGGUCUUCUUUGGCCUGAAGGUCCCUUGGAGGCCGUGGGAAAAGGUGUGGCUGCAGGUGUCCAGCCCGAAGCCCUUCUUCCAGCCUCUGUACGUGAGCCACAGCGGAGACUUCAAGAAAUGGGUGGGCACACCCUUCACUGCCUCCAGCCUGGAGCUGAGACCCUGGAGCCCAGGGGUGCACUUGGCCCUGGAGAUGUGCAGCCCGUGCCCACUGCAGGGUGCAGCCAAGGGGCUGGUGCCCACGGAGCUGCCAGAGCCCGCAGACCUGGUGGAAGCCGACGGGGUGCCUGAGCCGGUCUCCUGGGGCCCAGUGCCCUCCACCGCCGGCAGCUUGGGCAGCUCGGUUUACAGCCAGGAGAAGGACCGGCUGUACGGCCUGGUGUCCAUCGACACGGUGACCGUGGUGGACGCGGAGGGGCUGUGUGCCUGGCCCUGCACCUGUGGGGACGAUGGCUACCCUGCCCUGAACCUGGACACCGGCUUGGAGCUGGGGCCGGGCACCGAGGACCCGCUCCUGAGCACGGGGGCCACGAUCCUGUCUUGUGGCUGCGUCUCAGCCAGUGGCCCCGUGAGGCCGGGCAGCCUCCUUGACCGGCUAAGGCUGCCCCGUGAGGAUGAGGCGGAUUGGACACCCGGGCCAUCGGACAGCGAGGCGGGCUCGCCCCCAGUCGGCCUGGACAUGAACACAUUUGACAGCGGCUUCGCGGACUCUGACUGCGGCAGCCCGGUGGGGAGUGACUUCAGCAGCCCCAGGGACGAGGAACCCCCCAGGAGCUACCUCCGACAGUGGGUGGUCACGGCCCCUCCACCUACGCCGCCAGGGUCCCAGGCCAGCUAG